UCACACGAAUCGUAGACUCAGAACAGCUAUUAUGACCUUCCGCACCACGCAAUGAAACGCAUUCAAUUUUUAUGUUAGGGGAAACAUUCAAGAAUAAAGGAUUGUAAAUUCAACGAAGGCAAGAUCUGGUGAAUCUAAAAUGACCGUGGAAUUAAAUUCAGCUCCCGAAUAAGACAAAUCUGAUGCGAAACAGGAAAUAUGUCAUUAAAUGAACAAGAAAAGCAGUUGUUAGAAACACUGUUGAGUCAGGCUGAUGCCGUAUCCCCUUCAUCAGAAAGAUCACAGCAUGCAGAACAUACAGAUUUUCAUAAUUCCAAUAAUGACUUCCAUUUUCUGGACAAGCUCAUCAACAGUGGCAUGGGAAAUGACAUUGAGAGUAUGGCCUUCUCACAGUCAACUUCUAGUGCUUCCUUCGUUGAACCAAGACAUAACACCAGUUUCCAGUCAGGUGUUGAGGGGCAGGACAGUCAGCAGAAUGGUUCAGUGGGACAAGCAUUUACCCAGCAGCCAGCAACAGCAUAUGCUUCUCAGCAGAGUCCAAUGCGGGGAUUCCAGCAAUACUCAUCAACUCUGCCGUCAUCCAACUCCGAUCAUGUACCAAUGAGUCCCUCUAUGACAGAUGAUUUUGAAAGCCAAGGUGCAGGCUAUCAGCAACAGUUUCCAACGGCCACUCAAAAAAGCCUGGAUUGCUGCCCACUGGAUCAGCCUGGCCCUACAACUGACUGCUAUGGAAACUCUUCCAGUUUUACAUCACAGUUCAAGUUAGACUUGAGCUUAUCUGCACCUAGUAACCUUGUCAGCUCAUCAUCAGGAUUGAGCUUCCAGGCACAAACAGCUUCAUUUCCAGAGUCAGAUAGCAGCGUGGAGAGUGAUCAGCCUAAGCCAUACCACCAUAGUACAGGGCCGUUUCAGCAUGCUGCCACUGGGCCUACUGCUGGCAGUGGUGGUGCCGAUGUAAAUAGUCUUUCACCAGGUGGCUGCCAGAGUCAGGUGGCAGACUACCAACACCAGCCAUUUCCCAACCACUUUUCCCCUGCUGAACCCAGUGUUGCCUCUGUGCCUGCUGUGAGUCAGACAGGCAGUAUCCAUCAGCAUUUCCAGGGGACACCACAGUGUGCUUCUGUAGGAGACACUGAUAGUUCUGCUGCUACUCUAGAUUUCAGCAGUCAGAUACCUGGAUUUCAGACACAGCAGCACCAGCAGAGCACACUUUUUCAGCAGGGUAACCCCCAGGCUUCAGGAUGUUUGGAUAAGGCACUACAGGAAAGCAGGCAUGAUGGGACCCUUGUGCACUACCAGCCUGAAACCUCCGGAUUUUCCCAAGAACCGCAACAUCAGCAACAACAGCAAGCAGUUGUGUUUCCUCAUGGUGCCUCAUCAAGUGCUGUGUUAUCUAGCACACAGGCAGGAAGUUUUCCUCAGCAACAGCAGCAGCUUGGUCAGUUUCCAAACUGCCUCCAUUCCUGUGGCCAGAAGGAAGAGGAAUGUGGGAGUGCAGGUGUUGCACCGAUCCAGCUUUCAGACUUUCAAAUGCAGCCCUCUUUCCAAAGUCCUGCAAGCAGUACUUCACAGUCUAGUUCUCAACAGCAGGUUUCUGACAACCCAAAUACCUAUCAUUCAUUUGCUAAUAGUCCAGCACCCUACCAGCAGCAGACCACAGGAUUUGGAUCUCAGAAUUCAAUUCAUAUUCUGGCGCCAUCUACAGCACAAACUGAACAAAAUGUAGGUGUUUGCCAGGCCCAGAUAUACCCACAACAGGGAGAUCAAAGUCUUGGAGUCACAUUCCACAGUCAGGGAUCACCAUUUUCUCACAGUAUUAUUCAUCAGGGAGACCAGACUGUUUCCUCCACUGAUGCUCAGGCCCAGCCCCAGUGCUACACAGGGGAAACUGUUGUUCAAGAUCAACAGUCUACAGAUGGCUUCAAAUCACAAACGUCUGGUUUUGUGCAUCAUGCAUUUCAGCUGUCAUCACAGACUUCUACUCAGCAAGAUCAUGAGCUGAUGCAGGAGACUCCAAGAGAAAGGAAGAUGGAAGCAGAAUCUACAGCAUUUGUAUCAGACUCAUCUCUUACUCAUACUACAUCCCUUCAAGAUCAGACCAUGGAAGUGAGUGCUGGUGAUGGACAGUUCCGAGAGAAGGUAAAAUCAUUUGACCAACAGUCUCCUAUCACACUUCGGCAGCAAGAGCAGCCCAUGGACACUCAGCAGUCACCAUUUUACUCUAGUGCAACUGCAGACUCAUCUAGAGUCUACGAAGCAAAGACAACUACACUAUCUCUGCCUCAAACAGCCGAAGCAGGUGAAAGUUUCUUGAAACAAAGUACAAGGUUUCAGGGGAAUUUAAAUGGGUUUCAGGCCACCCCAGCUGUUUGUUCAUCAGAAGAUGGUAUGCAACAGUUUGCAGGUUUUAUACCCAGCAGUCUCCCUGUCAACACUAUACCAUUUUCACCAAAGCCUGAUGCCAAGAAUAACACUAUGUGCAGUAACUUUACAAACUCUAGUUUGUUUGGAUCUCAGAGCAUUGGAGUAGCUGGACAAAAUACUGCUCGACCAUCAUUUGCUGAAACAUCCCAAGUAUCAGAUAACUCUUCCAACACCCCUACUCCCUCCCCCUUGCAGUCCGAUGUGCUGAAUCAGAGUGCUGCCAGUUUUAACCAGUUUGAGAACAGUAAUGGAUCUACCUUCAUCAACAGUUCCAAACAGCAGCAACAGUCAGUGGUGCAACAUCAGCUAGAGCAACAACCUCUUCACAUGCCACAGCAGCUUGUUCAACAGCAACAACAACAUCAGACUCAUCUGCAGCAUGGUAUUUACUCUCAAGGAGAGCAGACAAGGGAUUCUUUCUCUCUGAAUCAAAAUGCCAGCUCAGAGAUACUGACUGCUUUCAUUUGCCAGGAAGCAGGCCCACACUUUGGACAAGGUUUAUCAUCAGCUCCUCAGGUUCCAUUGCACACUGCCUCUGUACCAGUAGUAAACAGUAAUCAGCAGGAUUCCAGUCACUUUCAGCCAGCCAGAGUUGCUGUUGGACAGCAGCAAGGCCCAGCACCUGCUCAUGUGGUCGGCACACACCAACCAUCCCCACCUUUCAACAUGGCAAACUUAAGCUCCAACUCUCAUCCCCAACAAUCCCCCAUCACCUUGACCCCAGACAAAUCGCCUCUAGCUGCCUUGUUUGACUCCAGACAGGCUAAUGCUGCCCUGAAUUUGCUGGCUUCUGUUGUGCUAAGCCAGAUCCAGGCUGUCUUGCCCCACAGUGCGCAGAUCUUUGCUGCUAGUCAGCAUCAGAAGGAGGGUGGAGUCUUGUCAUCUGGUAAUGUACCAUCUGCAGUUGCUGCUGUUUCUGACCCUAUGCAGCAGUUCUUUCAAAGACAAGUAAAUCUAAACGAUAUUGUUCCAUCGCUGCUUAUUCCUCAGCAGCAACAGCAACAACAAACAUUCCAACCACAACUACACCAUCAGACAGCUCCCAGCCAGAUCCACCACCUUACCCAGAGUCAAGCUGUUCCAUUCCAGCAGUGUCCUCCAUCAUCUCAGACACAACCAAGCUUUCUGGCCCCACAGGUAUCGCAGCAAGCUGCUUUUCUACCUCAGCAACAGUCGCACCAACAAGAUCCUUCAACUGCCUCUUGGCAUCCCCAGCAGCAAAUAUUGCAGGUUCCAAGUUCCAUUGCUAGUAGCCUAGGCCUAACAGUGACCAGCAAUGGGCAGCUGAUGAUUGGUGAGCAAGUGGUCAAACUUGUUGUUCAGCCCAGUUCUUCUGACGGUGGCAGUGGUGUUUCUGGGACACUUUCCAGUCCCCUAGAAGGUGCUGCUGGGCUCCAGCAGACAAUGUUUCCUGCACUGAUGGUAAGCCUUCCAGCAGAUUUGAAGAACAUUGAUGUUCAGCCAUUUGGCUCAGCACUGGUCACUAGUUCCCAUCUUACAGUCACCACCACAGCACCAUCGUUGGAUUCAAACAUAUCAGGCCACACCUCUGUCACAUCAUCUUUCUCGGCGACCCAGCCCGUGCCUGCUGUUACUGCCCCUGAGAUACUUUCCUUGGCCUCCAUUAGCAGUGAUAUUGUUAGUGGGCCUGCUGUUACUCCUUUUAUGACAGCUGGUGUUGAACCUGUGACUGUGCAAGCUUCAAAAGAUAUGAACGUGCUUGCAAAUGCAACCGAGGGUCCAGCAAACGUAGCAGAUGUUUUCCAUUUCCCAGGCAAUCCUGCUGCUGGGAUUGAAAAGCCCAUGGAGAUUUCACAGAGUUCUGGAACUGGUCUUGACUCAGUAGGAGCCUUCAUUAAUGUGGCAGAGGGCAGUGCCAGCAUGACUCUUUUGAAUGCAUUCAAAAUGGCUGUUGCAGACCAGCAUCAGGAUGCUGCUGGAUUUCAGGUUCCAGGCUGUCCUCCAACUCAGACUCUCUCUGCAGGAUUGGCGAACAUUGAGGACACUUGUAAGCCUAUGGAAACAAAUGAAAGAUCUGGAAAAAGUAGUAUCUUGAAGAUGGAUGUAAGUGAGGUAGCAGGGCAGGCUUACAGUGAUGUGUUUUUUGACAAUACUAAGGUGAAAAAUAAUGAAACAUCACAACGACUGGUAAGAAAAUCGUCUGCAGAGGAUAAAGUUGAAGAGAGAAUAGACUCAGGGUCGAUGCUGAGGAGAAUAUUGACAAUGGAAGACAAUGAUGCUCUUGAGGGGUUGCCUAGCAGUGACAUGCUGCCUGAGGGUUCCUCACCAGAAACUUCACCGCACAAGCAAGAUCUUGAUUCACCUAAUGCACUUGUUGCAGACACCAACACUCAGGCAACUUUGAUCGAAAAAUCGGAGAAGCUGGACUUAAGCUGUGAAGCCCAUCCAGAAGAUGAGGUUCCUAGUCAAUUUUGGAGUUCAGUGGAAGGUUUUCCUGCUGCCUCAGUAGAUGAGGUGGUGCCAUCUAAAGUUCACAAAGGCUUGAGUGAUCAGGAUGCUUCAUGCAAGAUUGUCACUUUGCCAUCUGUAGAAAAGUUGUUUGAUGCAGGUGGAGCCAGUUCCUGCUCAUCAUUUGUGUUUACAAAGUUUGGCUCAGAGGAUUGUGUUUUCACCUUUGGAACCUGCCAGGCCAGCCUUGUCAGCACAUCUGCUACGGAGACAAAGGUGACAAGUGUCAUUUCAAGUAGUAGCGUGAAGCAGCCAGACUGUGUCAAGCUGUGUGUUUUACCAGCUCCUCCCAUUCGCCCAAGCAGUCGCAGGCAGAAAGAAGCGAGCCUGAGUGCUCAGUUUCCAAGCAAAGUUGGCUCAUAUGAGUUGCGCAUUCUCACCCAGCCUGAGGAGCAGCACCGGGCUCGUUACCUGACUGAAGGCAGUCGUGGUGCUGUGAAGGACCGCAGUCAGCAGGGAUAUCCAGUCAUCAAGCUCCAUGGCUAUAAAGAACCUGCUACGCUCCAGGUCUUCAUAGGUAACGAAGCUGGCCGCAUCAAGCCACAUGGCUUUUACCAGGCUUGCAGAGUCUGCGGGAAAAAUUCAACACCGUGCACAGAGCGAGAGAUUGAGGGUACUACCGUCAUUGAGAUUGAGAUAUCACCGAUGAAUGACAUGAUUGUCAGCAUGGACUGUGUGGGGAUCUUGAAACUAAGAAAUGCUGAUGUGGAGAAGCGCAUUGGUAUAGCCAGAGCUAAAGCCAAGAAGAAGAACAGCACUAAGGCAAGGCUAGUGUUCAGGGUGGCACUGAGGAAACUGGAUGGCUCCUUCAUCACUCUUCAGACAGCUUCUACACCCAUACUUUGUACCCAGCCCAUUGGCCAACCAGAGAUUAGCCGGAUGAGUUUGUCAGAGAUAAGUAUCAACCAGACCAAGGACCUAUUCAUCAUUGGCAAGAAUUUUCUCAAAGGGACGCGUGUAGUGUUCCAGAAGUUGGGACUGGAUGAAAAAACAGUGGAGUGGCAGAGUGAGGCUGAGAUUGAAGCCGAGUACUUCCAGCAGACACAUUUAAUCUGCAAAGUACCAGAAUAUCCAAAGAAAGACAUAGAGAAGCCUGUGUAUGUCCAGAUAGUUGUACAAAGUGGAGGCAAGUCUAGUGACCCACAGGACUUUAUCUAUACACCAGCCAAGGUAUUGGUCAAGCAAGAGGAUGCCAUGGAGACAGAGUCCUUGGACAAAAGCCUACCAUUUGGUAUAUCUCCUGUUGCUCUACAUUUGAACCGACUCGUGGAGCGCACGCAACAGGCGGCCACAGCAACAUCGCUGUUUCAGCUUCCACCCAACAUCCUGCCCAGUAUUACAUCCAACUCUAUCGUGUCCACCAGCUCUAAAGUGACUUCUAGUGGUUCUGGUCUUGCUAGUCCCAUCAUCAGGCCAGCCACCUUCACUCUGCCAGCAGGCAGCCCAGGAGUUAUUAACCUAGUUGCCAAGACAGCACCACUGCUGUCUUCAGCUGCAGGCAGCACUUUGAAUCUGAAGACAAAGCCUGCAGGCCUUCCCAUGCACAUUGUAAUCCCCUCUCUGCAGCCUAGCCAGCCCAACACAGGUGAAACAGGUCAGUCAGGACUGAAACUGCCCAAACUGCUAAUGGUAAAUCCAGGUACAGUGCCAGUAACAAAUGGUGACACCAGUGGCUUAAGUAUUGGCAGCUGUAGUGGUGUAGGUGCAAACACUGGGGUUCGAACAGCUUCCACCUCACAAGUUGUCAGUGCUGCAACUACCCCUUCAACUGCCAGCAGUUCUGUGGCUAACAACAGAUACAGCAAUGUGGGAAUAAGUGCACAGUCAGCAGUCAGCUCUGCCCCCAUGAUCGUAAUCUUGACGACACCAGCCAGUACAUCAUCUGUUGCCAGCAACACUGGCAGCACACCACAGUGGCGAGCUUGCUGAAGCAGAUUGUAGAAGCAGCCAGACCCGCUUGCGCCUAGCUCACUGUCCAGCAGUCUGCUCAAGAGGCGCCUUGCAUGUGUGUGUGGCCUGUUGCUGACAUGACACCGCUAACCACCUUCCCUUGUGCCCCCUGUGUGAUGGCUUGGCAGCCCACCCACCCACCCCACAUCACUGCUUGUGGCCUUGAUGUUCCUGUCAUGAAGUGAGAUGUUUAAAUGUCCAUUGUCUCCUGCACAUAGUCUUGUGGAGUCCAGCAUUUGUCAUUGUCAUCCCUUGUGAGUGUCUAAGGCCUUUCUCACUGCAUGCUGGCCAGAAUCAGAACAGCAGCAGUGCCUAGGUUGGAGGGGUGGGGGCAACAUUUAGUUUAUUUUCAGUGCUGCACUCAGUACAGUCUUACAGCUUAUGACUUGCCAGAUUUGAAUAUCAGGCCUAUAUUCUGUCAACAAAAUAUUAUUAUUCAUAUAGAUUUGUGAAUUUGCUGUGUUGUAACAAGCCAAGCCCACUCACUUUAUCACAAAAAAAAAAAAUUAAAUGCAGCUGUGGCGAGAAAAUUCAUUAUGAUGCCACACUGUAAUACACAUGCUGUAAAUGUAUAUUACAUUAUCUAACAUUAGUGUUUUAUAUAAUCUAACAUGGGUGAUAUGUAUGAUCUAACCUGGGUGUUCUGUUCUGUCACAUAAAGCUCUGGCCCUGUUGAAAGUUUGUGGUGACCAUUGUGGCAUUGAUUUUGUCCUGUUUAAUGCAACUUAAGUGGAAUUUUGUUAAACUUAGUGUAGCAUCAUUGUAAGAUGCUAAAUAUCUUGUUAUAGGCAUUGAAAAAGGUCAUGCAAUGUUGAUGGAUGCUCAUUGCAAACAAUAUAUAUCAUUGCAUUGAGUCUUUUACUUAAAUGAGUUUGUCAUUGUAAUGUCUGAUCUAUGUACAGUUGUGAAUAGAGUAUUCUAUUUAAAUGAGUUUGUCAUUGUAAUGUCUGAUCUUUGUACAGUUGUGAGAAAAGAAGCUGCUCAAUCAUUCACUUUGCUGGAACCUGUGAAUUGUAACCUGUUGCCCUUAUCAUCCUUCAAACUGUAUGGACAUGGUUCAUCACCAAGGCUACAUUUCAGCACAAACAGCUUCCUAGCAGUCAUCCUCCUAUUGCUGCCUCAUCUGUAACAUUUGAGUUCUGAUAAACUCAUGUUUAUUGUCAUGUUUAUUGCUGCCUUGGUGUUAUACAGCAGACAGUAGGGAUGACAGGGGUUGUCUUGCAUGCAGACUGCAGAUGUAGCAAGUGUUAGGAGAAACACUGUGUGCAUUGUCGCUGCUGCAUUGUGAUAUAAAGUGCAUUGAGUUGUGGUGUAUGACGCUUUCAUUUUCUUGUGAACAAGCUGUGUUCAGCUUUUGUGUGGACUGUGGCAUGCUGCUGCUUAUGAAGCAAGCAUUUUUGUGAAGGCUGUCUGAGCAACAGAUGAACAUUGUCACUAGGCAACAGAUAUUUCAAGUCAAGGGACAGCAUUCAUUCAGUUGCCAUCUGAGUGUUGUGACUUAUUAUGUUGGAAGACAGUGGUUCUUGUUUGUGCUGCUAGCAUGUUUUAGAUCUUCAUACUGCUAGGAAAGUCACAAUCAAUGGUUGCUGUGUGUUGAAGAAGUGCAGUCAAGAUGGCUUUACAUAGUAUUACUUGUGGCCCCUAGUUGUGUGCCGGUUAGUUGGGUGCCAGCAACAUGGAAGCUGGGAACUACAAUUCUGCUGUCCUACCAUUACAGAUAUGUGGCAUUUGUGAAGUUAAUGGAAGCAGAAGGUAAACAGGUUUAAAGAAUGCUCAAGAACUGUUGUUUCCAAAUAAAUAAUUUUGUAUUAUUGAUUAGAUUUAAUUAUCUUUUGAAGAUGAGAAAUUUAAUCGCCAAAGAUUUUUGUAAUGAGAUAAAUGGUCAUGUGUAGUCCCUAUAUAUUUAUAUUACUGAAUACUAUGUAUUUAAAUUACUGUUUAUGAUGUGCAUUUCUGUACACAGGGGAUUUUCCAAUCAUAUUUUACUACAUUAUCAUCAAAAUAUUUUAUCAGUUACUAACGCCAAAUAUUUAUUUGAUUAUCCCAUGAAAUAAAGUGAUGAGUUGUCCGGAAUGCUUGCACAUUUUCUUUCUGCCUGCCAGUCUUGUUCUGUAAGUCUGUAGUCAUCCAAGGAUGGGAUGGUGUUUCCCAAAGCAAUACUUAAAAAUUAAUUUACAGAAAAAAGUGUUGUUUCUUCUAACAUUUUAAAUUGUAGAGUCGGGGAUGGGGGGGGGAGCACCAUCAGCCUAUAGUCACUUGCUGCUGCUCUUUGAUGCAAGCAACUUUUUUUUGUUUUUUGGUGGGGUGGGAUGGUUGACUUAACCAACUGCUAUAGCUUCAUGUCCAUGAACAUUGUGGGUGACCAUUAUGGCCUGACCAGCUGUUAAAGCUUUGGACAGGAUUAAGAAGCUGUUUAAGAGAUUAUAAAUAAUAUGCUGGCUGAAAAUAUUGAUCAGGAACUCAUACUUGCUGCAAUCCUAUUGAGGAUCCUUUCCCCCUGUCUCUUGCAGGUAUUCUCACACACAGAGUUACAAUGAAUGUUUUUGUAAUGUGGACAUUAAGAAUAUUGACAACUAGUAUUCUUUUAUUCUAAUUGAUCUUUUAAGGUGUAAAUUUGCAUGUGGAAGUUUUUGUUGUGAUUGCAAAAAAAAAAUUUUUUAAUGGAAUGUAGUCUCACAAAUUGUGUGGACAGUGAGUUUGUGUAAAGUGGGUGGGACAAAUAUUACAAUGAUGGGAUGUUAUGCAAGAGACAUACUUUGUAAUGCACACAGAGUGCAUUCCAGUAACUAAUGCUUGUUUCCCUAUAAAGAAAUCAGACAGUACAAUAUUGUGUGAUAAUGAGAAUUGCACGUAUGUGCCAUUCAAAUGCUGUGUGGUUGAUGAAGUGUGCACUAAGUGAUAGAAACGAGAACAGAAAAUGUCUUGUGGUCCUGCACAGUGGAAAGAACAGUUUCCACACUAGGCCCUCUUGCUCUCUGUGGACUGAGUCCUCGGCUAAAAAGUAUUUCAUUUGAUUUUUAAUUCCCAUAUCUUAGUACUUGUUUUACAAAACCAAUAUGCGUAUUUUAUUGUUUUUGAAGACUGGUAUUAUAAUUUACAUUACAAAUACAACUUGUUAAUUUCUA